AUGAAGGCCCCGGGGAAUAAAAAGGAAAUCCAGCAGUUGACUGGGUGGUUAGCCUCACUCACAAGGUUUUUACCUCGGUCCGCAGAAACCGCGUUACCAUUUUUUAAGCUGUUGCGAAAGGAGGUGCAAUAUGGCUGGACUUCAGAAUGUGAAGUAGCAUUCCAAGAAAUCAAAAAACAACUGGCAUCACCACCAGUCCUAUCUAGUCCCAGAGAAGGAGAACCAUUGAUAAUGUAUCUUUCGGUGGGAGAUAUGGCUGUUAGCUCGGUUUUGGUCCAAGAAAGUGAGGAGGGGCAGCAACCAAUCUACUUUGUAAGUCGGCUCUUACAAGGAGCAGAACUUCGCUAUCAGAAGUUAGAAAAGGUGGUUUUCGCCCUUCUAAUCUUGGCUCGAAGGCUUAGAGCAUAUUUUCAAGGGCACCAUGUUAUAGUUCGUUCGGACUUGCCAAUACGGCAGAUCUUACAUAAACCUGACUUAGCAGGGAGAAUGAUGGCUUGGGCUGUGGAGCUGUCAGAGUUUGACAUAUCUUUUGAAAGCCGGAAAGCAAUUAAUUCUCAAGCAUUGACAGACUUUUUCAGGGAGCUUACUUCAAUCCAAGAGGAGAGCCCGGCAAAGCCGAGCACAUGGAAAAUUUAUGUGGAUGGGUCCUCAAACUCUAAAGGAAGUGGAGCCGGGGUAAUUGUUGAGAACCCGGAAGGAAUCUCGGUUGAGUACUCUCUGCAGAUGAAAUUUGAAACGUCCAACAACCAAGCAGAGUAUAAAGCAUUCAUCGCCGGGUUGCAGCAGGCCAAAGAGCUUGGAGUGAAGAAGCUGAAAAUCUUUAGUGACUUACAAUUGGUCACGUCGCAAGUCGGAGGAAGCUACCAAGCUAAAGAACCAUUGCUAGCAAAAUACCUAGAUUCCGCAAGACAGUUAAUGGCGGAGUUUGAGGAGGUAGAAGUUCGCCACAUCCCACGAAAUGAAAAUGGCAGGGCCGACAUAUUGUCGAAGCUAGCAAGUACCAAAGGAUUGGGAAACCACAGGACGGUGGGGGAGCAGAAUAUCCUGGAACCCACAUGUAUCAUGCAGAUAUCUGAGAGCAGAGAUUGGCGCAGCACCAUUAUCAGUUACAUAGAAAACAGAAUGCUCCCAUCCCAAAAGGAAGAAGCUCGGAAGUUGGUUAGGGAUGCUGCGUUGUAUGCAAUGAUGGAAGGACAAUUGUAUAGGAAAGGCAUUUAUUCCCCCUACUGA